CACUUUGGUCAUGCCACAAUCGAUGCUGGAGCAUGCGCAGCUGUUUUCUGUUUUUCAGUGAUGGACAUAGCAAUUCCACCCGUGUUGCGUAUUGUGCAGUCUUAGUGCUUCGUGUUAAGGAUUUCAUCACUCAGUGUAUUGGUUGUGUUACUAUCAAUAGUCAGUUUGCAAGCGUGUGAUAUCCCCAACCGAUGAAUAGUUCGCACUGCUAAACAGUUACCUAGCUUGCAAGCAUAAUCAGCAGAAGUAAACGUUGUGCAUUCCAACACCUCCACCUAUUUAGCAGUAGGUUGAUUCUGCUGACACAGGCGAUAAGGUAGCAGCUGGUUUAUCGAUUUUAGAUCCAGGCACAUACAUAUACAUAGAGAGAGAUAUACAUAUACCGUUGAAAAAGCAAAAUAAACUAAAUAUUCGCAAUGGCUUUGAUAAUGAAAGCUGCUAAAUGCCCCACCGAUGAAUUAUCGCUCAAGAAUAGAGCCAUCGUCAGCGCUGGCGAUUUUCCGUCGGAUAUCAAGUACAUUGACGUGUCGACUGCGCCUGGUCAGCAUUUCAUUUUUUACAUCGAACGAACCGUUGCCGGAGAAAUAAACUCCGGAACCAUCGGAUUUUCGUUGCUGCAGCGAAAAUGGGCAACGCUUUCAAUUAAUCAGGACAUAAGUGUCAAACCAUAUCACUUCGAGCGAUCGUCUGAGGUCCUUUGCAGCAUUGCUUUGGAAGUGGAUUUUCUACAGAAAAAAACUGUAACGCACGAACCGUACGACAGCGAUCAAAUGGCAAAAGACUUCUUGUUACAAUUUGCGGGUUUGGCAGUUACCGUCGGCCAGCCGUUGGUUUUCAACUUCCAGGAUAAGAAGCUGCUCUGUUUGGCCGUGAAAACGCUCGAGGUCAUAGAUGCCGCAGCCAUGGCUUCUGGCAACGGGUCUAGUGGUGGCGGUCCUGUAGAACCGAAACGCGUCAAUUUUGGCCGACUAUUGGCCAACACCGUUGUUACGUUUGAAAAGGCCGAAGGCUCAGGAUUGAAUCUCGUUGGGCGCUCCAAGGGCCGUGUUACGGCGGUGAGACAGUCCAUCAUUAAUCCCGAUUGGGACUUCGGAAGAAUGGGUAUCGGCGGUUUGGACCGUGAAUUCAAUGCAAUCUUUCGACGUGCGUUUGCAUCCCGUGUGUUUCCACCGGAAGUUGUCGAGCAGCUGGGAUGUAAGCACGUAAAAGGCAUUCUACUGUAUGGACCCCCUGGUACUGGUAAAACUCUUAUGGCCCGACAGAUCGGCACAAUGCUGAACGCUCGCGAACCUAAGAUUGUGAAUGGUCCGCAGAUUCUGGACAAAUACGUAGGCGAAUCGGAGGCCAAUGUGCGUCGACUAUUUGCCGAUGCUGAAGAAGAAGAAAAGAGGCUUGGCCCAGCCAGUGGAUUGCACAUAAUUAUUUUUGAUGAAAUUGACGCCAUUUGCAAAGCUCGUGGAACAGUUGGAGGCAAUUCCGGUGUACACGACACUGUUGUGAAUCAGCUGCUGGCAAAAAUCGAUGGAGUGGAGCAGUUAAACAACAUUCUAGUCAUCGGUAUGACCAACCGCAGAGACAUGAUUGACGAGGCUCUGCUGCGACCUGGUCGACUGGAAGUCCAGAUGGAAAUCAGUCUUCCGAAUGAAGAAGGCCGCGUACAGAUUCUGUCCAUCCACACUCGUCGCAUGAAAGAGUUUAAGAAGCUUGCACCAGACGUAGACCUACGGGAGCUCGGAGUUAAGACUAAAAAUUUUAGCGGUGCCGAAUUGGAAGGCUUGGUUCGUGCCGCACAGUCCACCGCAAUGAAUCGUCUGAUAAAAGCGGCUUCGAAGGUGGAAGUUGAUCCAGCAGCAAUGGAGAAGCUGAUGGUGACCAGGGAAGAUUUUCUGCACGCUUUCGAAAAUGACAUCAAACCGGCGUUUGGAACGGCAGCCGAAGCUCUCGAAAACUAUUUGACAAGGGGAAUCAUCAACUGGGGCUUGCCGGUGGCUCAUGUUCUGGAAGAUGGUGCGCUGUACACCGAACAGGCCAGAGGCGCGGAAGGUUCCGGGUUAGUUUCGGUACUUUUGGAAGGCCCACCGAACGCGGGAAAAACAGCUCUUGCAGCGAAACUGGCAAAAUUGUCCGACUUUCCGUUCGUGAAAGUUUGCAGCCCUGAUGAGAUGGUUGGUUUUACGGAGAGUGCCAAAUGUCUGCAGAUACGUAAGUACUUUGAUGACGCCUAUCGUUCAACAUUCAGCUGUAUCCUCGUGGAUAAUAUCGAGAGAUUGCUAGACUAUGGACCGAUCGGCCCUCGCUACUCUAAUCUUACGCUGCAGGCGCUUUUGGUUUUACUAAAGAAACCUCCACCAAAGGGAAAGAAACUUCUGAUACUUUGCACUACCAGCCGACGACAAGUGUUGGAGGAUAUGGAAAUGCUGUCAGCAUUUACGGCCGUCUUGCACGUACCGAACCUAUCGACGGCAGAUCAUUUAAUUGCCGUCCUGGAACAGGAGCCUGAUGUGUUUGGCCGCAACGAACUGGCUGCAAUUUAUAAACGGCUGAAGGGGCGCCGUAUUUUCGUUGGAAUCAAAAAGCUGUUGGAUUUAAUCGAUUUAGCACGACAAAUGGAUCCUCAAACACGCAUGAUGAAGUUUUUGUCCAAACUUGAAGAAGAAGGAGCUAUAGAAGAUGCUACCGUGGCACAUUGAAAGAGUACAUGAGCAUUUAAUUGUCCUAUUCGUACAUGCCGCAGCUAAAAGCUUAAUUUCAGUCGUACAUGUGCGAUUUGAGUUUUUCACUGAGCAACGUUCGAAGCAAGUACAAGCCAGCACUUACUGAAUACUUUUGUUACUAUUAUUUGAUAGAAUUAUUUGUCAUAACCCCAGGAGCUGGCUCAAAAACUCAAAAACUACAACUUUAACCUCCAAUGAAGCAAGCUUUCAUAGUAUGAUGGGGACAUUAACUUACAGUAUAAUAAAAGUACUCACGCACCUGCGUGUGAAUCAGUAUUUGCUUUGUUGUCAGGCUGCAAAUUGUAAGCAAAUCUCAAAUUGAUUAAAUUCAAUUCCUUGCAAGUAGUCAACCCAGACAAGUCCUUGAUUACAGCUUGUAGAACGGUAGCUUCUUUCAAGCAGUUGUAUGAAGCUCAACAGCAAACAAAACAUCGCAAACAUAUGUUACAACACACGAAUUGCAAAUAUUCUAUAGGCAUAGUACACGUGUAACAUGACUUAUCCAAUGCUGGAGAGCUCUGCAUAUUUGAGCCACGGCGUAGAUAAGAUUUUACCCACAACCGGUUUGUUGUUGAGCUUUGCGUUAACAAACAUAUAAAUAUAUAAAUUCAAGAGGUAUAAUACAACAAAUAACAUUUCAACAAUGAAAUCAAUUAAAAUAACUUAACAUAAUCUGGGCUCACUUGUAACUGUGACACGGAGUUGUUAGCUGAACCGAGGAAAAUGGGAGGUUCGUCGUUUUGUUAAUAGGGCUUUUAUGUUUUAUGCAGCACAUGCAGCAGGAACAAGAGAAAGCUGUUGCUAUUUAAUUUAAACCAUUCCCAAAUUUACAUGUAAUGUUUGUUAGUCAAAAGCUAUUAGUAAAAAGACUUCUAUUUAUUAAAUUAUGCUUUUUUUUAAAUAAUUGCAUUUAAAUCUCUCUGUUUUCCUUAGCGACCUACUAGGUCAUGCCCUGCCAUGUAAUGGCUGAUUUAACUAAUUUUUACCUCAUAGCUAAAUAACCCGGCCCCGGCUAUUGUGCCGAUUGAAAGUGACCUUUGAUCCAUGGUCAUCGGUGUAUUCAUCUGAGCGCCGAAGCACGAAUAUAGGGGGACGGUGUCGGCUUACAUACAAAAUUUUAAUCUCGAUGCGUUUAAAUCGAUCUUGGGAAAUUGAAUUAGCUGUUGACACACAAACACACGUAAAUUUAAACUUGAAAUAAAAACUAUGUACACAUACUGCAAAACGCUUCUGCAAUACAAUACAGUUUAAAAGAAGAGAUAAACAAUCUGACUAUUGUUAAAGUAUGAUGAAGAAAGACAUAGUUGUUUGUUUUAAUUAUACGUUAAUUUUUUUGUGUAUUCAAGUAAAUUACUAGUAGUGUGAUUGUGGUUGACCGUAGAGCUAAUUCUGCAUACAAGAUUCCAUACAAAAAUCGUGAAUCGUUGCAGUGAUAUAUCUGAAGCAAUUGAUACACCAAAUCAAGUACAAUAAAUGCCUGUAUUUGAUUCCGAUUAUACAGAUUCGGAUUUUCUGUUGUGUUUUAUGCCAUCGUAUUAACGAUCUUUAUUUACAAUAUAUCGUGCAUGUGCUUUCGGCUUACCUCAGCCAAAUGAUUAUCAAUCGUUAUUCGAACAACUUGCCACAUGGCGAAGUGUGUUAAUAUAGAUAUUAAAAAAAAGAAAACGAUAAACUUACUUUACUGUAGCAAAACAACGUUCUACAAUUACUAGUGACACAAUUAAUAAUGUCAGUUAUGAGUCUAUGUGCAGAAUACACAGUAUAAAAAUAAAGUUAAAUAAUCAAAUAAUAA